AUGCUGGAAAACUCCACUUUAACUAUAUCCCCCAAUAUUAUACCCCUGGAUGAUACAUUUAUACUAUAUGACUCGAACAGUCUGCUGUCAUUCUGCUGUGCUUACUUCUCAUUGAUUCCAAUCGGUAUAUUGAUGUUUUAUCUUUCAUGGUUCAUCACAACGAGAGAGAUCGAAGCGUGCAUUAUUGCUGGUGGACAAGUGAGUAACGAGAUUUUCAACAAUGUAGUGAAAAAAAUAAUCAAGCAACCUAGACCUGCCUUUUUUGGUGACAGUUUCCAAAAUAAUACGAUGAGGUCCGGAUAUGGCAUGCCUAGUGCUCAUUCGCAGUUUAUGGGAUUUUUUUUCAUCUAUUUCACGCUAACGUACAUCAGAAGAUGGAAUAAUUUAACAUCAGUAAAAAAAGUGCUGGGCGUAGCGAACCUAGCCUGUUUAUCUGCAAUCGUAUGUUUCUCUAGAGCGUAUUUAAACUACCAUACGAUUGGGCAAGUAAUAGUUGGAUGGAGUUUAGGAGCAUGCGCAGGAUCCACAUACUACUUCAUUAUUGGAGUGUUAAGAGAAUUGGGAUUCAUCAAUUGGCUAUUAGACUUGUGGAUACUCAAGCAAGUCUAUGCAAAGGAUUCAUUCAAUUUAGCGCCUUUCUCAUUAAGGGAUGAAUACAACCAUUAUCUACGAAGAAAAAUAACCACCGAUUCUCGGACCAAGAAAAAUAAUUGA